UUAACGUUACCUGUACUGUACUAGCAUUACCAUUUCUAGUUCUAUGCUUGUUCGGAUCAUGGACUCGUCUUGGUGCUGUCCAUGGUUGAUGAACUGAUAUGUCUAGUACUAGUUAAUAGUUAAGCUCCUCGUGUUAUGACAAGUUUCAGUACAAGCCUUGCUUAGGGAUUAAUGGAUUAAUUUAUGAAUAUUCUUCUAUCUGGAAACGUAUGCGACCCGUUCCUAAAUACUUGUCGUGGUUUUAGUGCAGAUUUGCAGGCCUUUUAUUUUUCUUCUUCUGAAUUUUUCACUUGAUCACAGUGAUCCGACUUCUCAUGGUCUAUGAUACUGAACUGGGAAAAAUAGUGAAUACUGUAACUGAACUGCUUCAUCUUGUGAAUCUGCGUUACCUUUACUUUCUUCUGAUAUGAAUUAUAUCCUGUGUAGGAUCAUGUUACACACAUCUAAUGCCCUUGAUUUGUCUUUUGUUGUUUUUACUUGUUCUUGCUGAUGUUUUCCAACUACAAACACAUUCUGCAGUACUCACAGACCUGUCUGGAACUCAGAAAAGAAAGUCGUAGUGGAAACAAAUGGGCCUCAUAUUGCACGUAUAUCUGUUUUUGAGACUAAUCGGUUUUCCAAGAAUACCUUGGUUGGUUACUGUGAAGUUGAUCUCUUUGAUUUGCUCACUAAGGACUUGGACAAGGAACACAUUGAGGACCUUGCUUUGUUGGACCCGUCAUCAUCCACUAAUACCAUGGGUACCAUAUCCAUAUCCUGCCACAUCGAAGAUCCUGUUGAAACAGAACAAAGCUUUGCACGUCGGGUCUUAGCUAUAGUGUACUCUUGUUAUGGCAGGACUAUAAUGAAGACGGGAAGCUUUCCUUAUCUGAAUUUUCGGACUUGAUGAAAGCUUUUGGUAACGGGCUAGCAGUUAAUAAGAUUGAAGAGCUUUUCCGCCAAGCAGAUACAAAUGGCGAUGACAUAGUUGACAUGGAUGAACUAGCAGCCCUACUAGCUGACCAACAAGAGAAAGAACCAAUUAUCAGUAACUGUCCCGUCUGUGGUGAAAGUCUUGGGAAGUAUGAUAACAUAAAUGAUAUGAUACACAUGACACUUUGCUUUGAUGAGGGCACGGGCAAUCAGAUUAUGACUGGGGGAUUUCUAACGGAUAAGCAAGCCUCAUAUGGGUGGAUGUUUAAACUUAGUGAAUGGGCUAAUUUUUCCUCAUACGAUGUUGGUUUGCGCUCUGGCUCUACUGCUUCGCAUAUUCUGGUUUUCGAUCGUCGAACAAAGAGGCUAGUUGAAGAAGCAAUAGAUGGGAAGAUUGUGUUGUCCAUGAGGGCUUUAUAUCAAUCAAAAGUAGGGCUCACUCUUAUUGAUACUGGUGUCAAAGAUAUCUUGAAGAACCUUUCUGAGAAGCAAGGGAAAAAGAUGAACUCGCCAGAAUCUGCCAAAGAUAUUCCAAAGUUCCUCGAGUUAUUUAUGGGUCAAAUUAAUAUGGAUGAGACCAAGGACCCUAUUGAAAGUUUUAAGACAUUUAAUGAUUUUUUCGUAAGACAAUUGAAGCCUAGUGCCAGGCCGAUUGCAUACAAUGAUCAGAACAGUAUUGCUACCUGUGCUGCCGAUUGCCGUUUGAUGGCUUUUAGUUCUGUUGAUGAGAGCACAAGAUUUUGGGUUAAGGGUCGCAAAUUUUCAAUUGAGGGUCUCCUAGGGGCAGAUGUGCACUGUAAUGAGUUAAACAAUGGAUCGUUGGUAAUUUUUCGGCUUGCACCUCAGGAUUACCACAGGUUUCAUGUACCUGUGUCAGGAACUGUAGAGAAAUUUGUGGAAAUUCCUGGAUGCUUGUACACGGUCAAUCCUAUUGCUGUAAACAGCAAGUAUUGUAAUGUAUUCACCGAGAAUAAAAGAGUUGUCUCAAUCAUCUCAACUUCAGAGUUUGGAAAGGUGGCGUUUGUUGCCAUUGGAGCAACAAUGGUAGGAAGCAUCACAUUCCUGAAAGAAAAGGGCGACUACGUGCACAAGGGAGAUGAGUUUGGGUAUUUCUCAUUUGGAGGGAGCACGGUAAUAUGUGUCUUUGAGAAGGAUGCUAUACAAUUCGAUGCUGAUCUUCUAGCCAACAGUGAAAGAUCGCUGGAAACGCUUGUCCAGGUUGGCACGACGCUGGGCAUCUCCAAACGGAAGAAAGAGCUACAAGUCCCGGAGCUGCAGAAAUGAUCACUUGAAUGAGAGGAACGAGGGAGUGCAGCGCACCAUGUUACAUAACUGUAAAGUACCUGUAGAUACAGCUUGCAGGAACAAUGAAUUAGUAGAAAGUGUAUCAUCGUAUUAUCUUACGUCAGAUCCAUUUGUAGUGUUGUCUCAGUAGUUAGCCGACUUCUUAGUUAGAUCAUCCUUUGUGCAUCAGGUGAAGAAUAUCCAAAUUUGUUGGAGCAAGUGAUUGUUAAAAAAAAAAUCUGUCAUUUAUUUUCGUAGCGAAAAUCUGCGAUGCACAUAUUUUA